GUUUAAUUAAAUAAAAAUUUUAAAAUAUUAACAAAUUAUAAUUUUAUUGCCAGUUAUUUCAUUAACUAGAAUAUUCCAUCUUUUCAUUCUACCCCUGAUUCUACCAUAUUAUAUACCAUAUUUAUACAUGUUAUAUACUAUUAAUUGUAUUAUUUUCAUGUGUAUAGUAGUGGUUACUGGUAUGAAUAUGCACAAUGCCGUAAAUGUCUAAUGCUCUUAAAAUUGAUGAUUUCUCAUCACUUCUGAAGAUAAUCAACAGAAUAACAAUUUACUACAAUAUUUUACAUAAAAUUAUCAGUGAUUUGGAGCGGACUGAGGAGGAUUUGAAGCGGAUUGAGAGGAUUUGGACAGGUUUGAGAGGAUUUGGAGGGGAUUGAGAAGGAUUUGGGUCAGUUUGGGGAGCCAACCAGGGACCAAAAUUUCCCCAAAUUAAGACCAAUUUCGGCCCUAACCACUGGUUAAAUAUGAAGAUUGGAGGGAUCAAGGUUGCGGAUACUUGGAUCACAAAUAGGCGAUCUUAUUGAAUAAUUUACCUUCGGCUACAGUGGUAAAAUAAUUAGCUUAGCGAUACUAAAAGUUACCAAAGGGGUGGGGGUGACUACAUGUAAAAUUGCCUAAAUCAGGAAAAAAUAAAGUGAAUUGUUGUUAAUAUUAUUUUAUAAAUUA